AAAUGCAUAUUUCAAUAAAAACAAUCUUUUAUCAAAAUCUUCAAAGGGGAAGAAGAUAGACAUCAAAGCUGAGAGUAACACACGCCAAACGCUGUGGUAACAAUUUAUUCUCUGGAAUUGAAUUAACAGCCAGCGAGUAGCAACCGAACACUCUCUUCUCUCUCUGCGUUGUCGAUGCCCACUGCAUGGCUCUGCCGUCGGAACCCCACCGCCGCCGCAACAACCACAUCUCCGCCUUCCUUCAAUCCACCGCCUCCAACUUCGCCUCUUUCUUCAACCCUACACCUUCAACACUUCCACACCCACGCUCUUCAAUCUCUCUCCCUCUCUUCUUCGCGCCGCCGCUAACCCUCGACUCCGCCGCCGAGUCGACUCGCCCCGCCGCCAAAUCGGUUCGAGUCGCGCGUCUCAGUUCCGAUGGGAAGGGUGGUGGGCCCGCCUUCGUGGGCCAGGUCUUCAGCAUGUGUGACCUCUCCGGAACCGGCCUCAUGGCCGUUUCCACUCACUUCGACAUUCCUUUCAUCUCCAAAAGAACACCUGAGUGGCUGAAAAAAAUAUUUUCCGCGAUCACCAAGAGUGAGAGGAAUGGCCCCGUGUUUCGCUUUUUUAUUGAUCUAGGAGAUGCAGUUUCGUAUGUCAAAAAGCUGAAUAUUCCAAGUGGCGUGGUGGGUGCCUGUCGUCUUGACCUAGCAUAUGAACAUUUCAAGGAAAAACCGCACUUGUUCCAGUUUGUUCCAAAUGAAAAGCAGGUCAAGGCAGCUAAUAAGCUUCUGAAGACAAUAUCACAGCAUGGUGUAAGAAAAAAGGUUGAUGGGGUCCCUGUGUUUAGUGCACAGAACUUAGAUAUUGCAAUAGCCACUACAAAUGGGAUUAAAUGGUAUACUCCCUACUUCUUUGAUAAAAGCAUGCUUGAUAAUAUUCUCGAAGAAGCUGUUGAUCAACAUUUCCAUACUUUAAUCCAAACUCGACACAUGCAGCGGCGGCGGGAUGUGGUUGAUGACAACUUGGCAGCAGAAGUGAUUGAGGAGAUGGGAGAUAGUUUAGGGGAGCCUCCAGAGGUUCAGGAUUUGCUAGAUGAAAUGGGACAUCCUAGUAUACCGCUAAGUGUUAUUUCAAAAGCUGCAGAACUCCAAUUUCAUUAUACUGUUGACAAAGUACUCCUGGGUAAUAGAUGGUUGCGGAAAGCAACCGGCAUACAACCAAAAUUUCCAUAUAUGGUUGACUCAUUUGAGAGAAGAAGUGAAGCUUCUUUUCUGAAAGCUACGGAGUCAAGCACCUGCCUCGAUAACCUUAAAGUGGAAGAUGAUGGGAAACAUUCGGAAUACAUAGACUCUUCUUCUAAUUACAGUUUGGAUGAUAACACCGAAGCAAUCAAACAACCUAGUCCCAAACUAAGGCUACCAUUUGGUGAUUGGUUUCAUCCCCUAGGGCCAAAACAGUGUCAUGAAAAAAUAGGCAUAUCAAGAGGUGGAAAUAAAGAUGAUUUAAAACCAAGUCCCUUCCUUCCGAAAAUUACAAUGGUUGGUCUCUCUACAGAGGAAGCAGGUCAGAUGAGCAAAGCUAGUUUGAAAAAGACAAUGGAGGAUUUGACAAGAGAGUUGGAGAAGACAGAGCUAGAUAAUAUGACAGAUAGUGGUAGUAAAGAGUGCAAAGUAGAAGAUAGGGACCCACUAUUUGUAGCAAAUGUGGGUGAUUACUAUUCUAAUGUGGGAAGAACAGGAUCUGGUCGCUGGAUCAGAGGAGGAUCCAACUAAAAGUAAAAGCCUUUUUGUCAGGGAGAAUUUUCCGUUUGCAGGUUCUUGUGGAUAUUUAUUGGUCUCGAAAUAAGAUUGAGAAGAUAGGGUUAUUGACUAAGAGUGUUGGAGCUGGAAAUAACCUCGUUUGCGGUGUAUAUUGAAAGUGGAUGGAUCAAGCUUUGAUCAGUGUUGUAAAUGACUGUUGUGUAAUUCGUCACUGAUGCCCAUUUUGUUGACAUUUGGGAAGUAAAAUAAAACUUGGGUUAUAGAUUAAAAAG